ACAAAGAAAUUAUAGUAGUACUUGUCUCCACACUGAUAUAACUCCAAUUAUUCUAUUCUAUCUCCAACUACUCAUCAUACAGCUUUUUGAGCAACCAACUGCUCGAAACGAAAGAGAAGUGCUCAAAAUUAAUAUAUUAUUUUCCCAGGGCGUGGCCUGCCUAUAUAAGUAGAUCUUCUGAGAUGCAUGCCAGCACUGUCUACUCCUUUCUGUCCAUUCUUCCCCUUCUUCUCACCUUAUGCUCUCUCCUCCUAUUCAUUUCUCUGAACCUGUCCCUCCCUUUUUCUGUCAAUACCUUCACUUUUUCAUAUAUUAUCUUUUCUGAACAAGUGAACAGUUAUUAAGAGUAGUUUAGAAAAAAAUGUGGUGCCUUUGCGUCGCAGCACUGCUUAUUAUAUGCAUCACACAUUGGGUUUACAGAUGGAGAAAUCCCAGAUUCAAUGGAAAACUCCCACCUGGUUCCAUGGGAUUGCCACUUCUGGGUGAAACCCUUCAGUUUUUCUCUUCCAACACUACUCAUGAUAUCCCCCCCUUCAUCAAACUGAGGAUGGAGAAGUAUGGACCAAUAUUCAGGACCAACUUGGUAGGACGUCCAGUUGUGGUAUCAACAGACCCAUCUCUCAAUCACUUCAUAUUCCAACAAGAAGGACAGUUGUUCCAGAGCUGGUAUCCAGAUACAUUUACAGAGAUAUUUGGGAGACAAAACGUUGGUUCUUUGCAUGGUUUUAUGUACAAAUACCUCAAGAACAUGGUGCUACACCUGUUUGGUCCUGAGAGCCUUAAAAAGAUGCUCUCCGAAGUUGAACAAACAGUUUUUGCAACGUUGCAGCAGUGGUCCUUCCGGGAAAGUGUUGAAUUGAAGGAAGCAACAGCAAAGAUGAUAUUUGAUUUGACUGCUAAAAAACUCAUCGGUUAUGACUCGGCCAAGUCCUCAGAGAAUUUAAGGGAAAACUUUGUUGCAUUUAUCCAAGGACUCAUUUCAUUCCCUCUUGACAUUCCUGGAACAGCCUAUCACAAAUGUCUUCAGGGUAGGAAAAAGGCAAUGAAGAUGCUGAAGAACAAGCUGCAAGAAAGACGAGCAAGGCCUCGGGAACAGCAGAGUGAUUUUUUCGAUUAUGUAGUUGAAGAACUUCAGAAAGAAGGAACGAUACUCACAGAAGACAUAGCUCUUGAUCUCAUGUUCGUGCUUCUGUUUGCAAGCUUUGAAACCACCUCUCUGGCUCUUACCUGUGCCAUCAAAUUCCUCGUGGACAAUCCCUUAGUGCUCAAGGGAUUAGAAGAAGAACAUGAAGCUAUCAUAAAACAACGUGAAGAUCCUAACUCUGGAGUCACGUGGAAAGAAUACAAAUCAAUGACAUUUACAUUUCAGUUCAUAAGUGAAACCGUGAGACUCGCAAAUAUAGUUCCAGGAAUCUUCCGAAAGGCACUGAGGGAAAUUAAUUUCAAGGGAUAUACCAUACCCGCAGGUUGGACAGUCAUGGUCUGUCCCCCAGCUGUACAUUUGAACCCUGCCAUAUACAAGGAUCCUCUUUCUAUCAACCCAUGGAGAUGGGAUCAGGGGGUGGAAACAAACGGGGCAUCAAAAAAUUUCAUGGCUUUUGGUGGGGGCAUGAGAUUUUGUGUUGGAACAGAGUUCACUAAGGUUCAAAUGGCUGUCUUUCUUCAUUGCCUGGUAACAAAAUUCAGGUGGCGACCGAUCAAAGGAGGGAACAUUCUUAGGACUCCUGGUUUACAAUUUCCAGAUGGUUUUCACGUUCAAAUCAUAGAGAAAGAUCAAAAGAUGCAGAAACCAGGAAGGUGCAAGGGCAUGAAUAUGGUUGUGUCAUGACAUAGGAGAUGGAGAAGGAUUAUACUUGACAUGUUCCCAACCAAUGGUAUUUUCAAGCAGAGCAUGACAAGACCUAGUGGAAGCUAGAGUAGUAAUCGGGAAGGUCCCUCACUCAAGUUUUGUUCAGCUCACUGUAAACUUUGUGUUUCAUACAUGAGUUUAUUCUCAAUAUGCUGAAGGGAAAAAGAAAAACACAAAGAUUUAAAAGCAUACAUCAGAUCCCCAAAAAGGGAGAGAGAGGAGGAGGGGAAAUUUUCACUUUGUAACAUGCAGCGUGUAUGUAUCAAACUAUAAAUCUUAUCCUUUCUAUUUGAUUA